GCCUUUAUUUGUCGUGGAAAGAAACUGUUGGAAUUUUCUUCUCUUUUUUUUUCCUCUUGUGUGUAAAAGCCAAUUAGAUUUUCCAACAAGCUGCGAGCCACUUGAACCUCCUCAUGGUCGUGCGUUUAGAAAUGAAAAGAAAAAUAGCACACAGAGAUGGGGCUUUUUCUGUGUUGUUGUGGAGAGAAUCUGCAGUUUGAUUGGUAAUAGAAAAAAAUUGAUAUUACGUGGUGUGGGAUAGAGCUAACAGGUGUGUGAGAAAAAAAACAGCAGCAGAGAUAUCCAACAAUUGAGCACUAAGGAGCGGAACGCGUAUAAAAGUUGUGAUUGAACUUCUCAUUGAGUGCAGAAUCAAUUUAGCAAGUGCUUUGAUCGGAUUGUCCACUAAACAAUUUCAUUCUCUCUAUAGCCACCACAUUGGGCCCGUUGUGAUCAUUUUGCUUAUAGCUGUGUUCCCGCGUGCUACCUGUGUCACGUGCGCGAAGUUUCCUUUUUUGUGCGAAUAUUUCGGUGCCUUGAACCUCGUGGAAAAAAAUAAAAAUAUUUACUCUGUGCUGUGAAUUUUGAGUGCAAGAAACGCGAGAAACAUGCAAAUUGGCCGUGUAAACAUUUCCUCCUAAAGUGGGUGCAAAUUGUUGAGCUAAAAAGUUCCAAAGUGCAGUGGAGACGCCGGGUUGUUCCUUGAAAAGAUUUAUUUUCCUUUCUCACCCCUUCUGUGCCCAAAAAUUCUCACCAAUUGUGCUCCUUCUACAUUCGCCUUAAACUUGAGAAUUUUCCGAGUUUUCUCACACUUUGAACAAUUCUUCGCGGGAGAGAGAAAAAAAAGUUUUAUUGCGGAAAUAAGUGACGGAUGAAACGGAAGGAAGAAACGAUAGCACAUCAUUCGGGGAACAUAUUGAGCUGUUUUGUGGAGUAUUAAUCUGGGCAAAUUUUGUGUGGUGAAGUGCCUGUGAAAGAGUGUUUAUUGCCCCCACACAUUGAAUGUUCUUUUUGGCGCCAAAUGGAACGGAAUAUGUGGUAAAAUUUGUCCAAUAUCACUUGAUAUAGUGACACAAUCUGGAUGCGAUAGCAACAAAAAAGCAGAAGACACGGCAAUCUCCAUCGCCAUAAACGCCCAUCAUUUUGCCCACUAAAACUCUAUCGCAGGGAUUACGCAGAGCUUUUGGCUUUGACUUUGGGGCUCUUUCACACGAACAUAAAUCAACCCACCGCAAUGGAUGAGAAGAAACAACCGUCGCCACCGGGUGGGCUCUUUGGUGUUCGGCACCUGCAGACCUUCCUCCUCUUCCUCUGCCUAACAAUCGCCUACGCCAUGCGCGUCAACCUGUCCGUGGCAAUUGUUGCGAUGGUGGACAGAAAUUCAACUAAUCCCGACUUUGAGGAGUACGAUUGGGAUGAGAAGACACAGUCUGUGAUUCUCAGCAGUUUCUUCUGGGGUUACAUUGUCACGCAAGUUCCAGCUGGGAAGCUUGCCCAAACUUAUGGAGCAAAGCUCAUGUUAAUCUUCGCCAUGGCCAUUUGUUCCGCCCUAAAUAUUCUUACACCUUUCGGGGCAUCGUACGGUGGGUGGAAGCUCGUGGUUGCAUCGAGGGUACUUCAGGGACUCUGUCAGGGCUUCAUCUUCCCAUCCACCCACACUCUCCUCUCCAAAUGGGCCCCAGUCUCCGAGAGAGGAAAACUCAGCACAUACUGCUACUCAGGUUCACAGUUCGGUACGGUGAUUAUGCUCUCGGCCAGUGGCUUCCUUGCCUCAUCCUUCCUCGGUUGGCCCAGUGUUUUCUACGUCUCUGGCUUUGCUGGGGUCUUCUGGUCCAUCUUGUGGUACUUCUUUGGUGGCAAUUCACCAGCUGAAUUCAAGAGUAUAUCCCCCGAAGAAAAGGAAUUCAUUGAAAAAUCCCUCGGAGUACCGGAAAAGGAGGGAAAGAAGAGCACAUCAACGCCAUGGCUUUCAAUUUUCACCUCCCUGCCCUUCUUGUCACUCAUGUUGGUGCAUUGUGGGCACAAUUGGGGCUUCUGGACACUCCUCACGAAGAUCCCCACGUACAUGAAGAAUGUCCUCGAUAUGGACAUCAAGCAGAAUGCUCUCCUGUCAGCCCUGCCCUACUUGGCCAUGUGCCUCAUGAGCUACGUCUUCAGCUAUCUCGCCGACAUCCUGUCGCGUCGUGAAGUAAUCCCACUCCACGUCAGUCGAAAGCUCUUCAAUAGCAUCGGACAUCUUAUCCCAAUGCUGGCUCUCAUUGCUCUGGGCUACGUGACAAAGGAUAGCGUAGACAUGGCUGUGGGACUCCUCACAAUUGCGGUGGGAAUUAAUUCAGCAACCUACCUUGGAUUCCAGGUCAACCACAUUGAUUUGGCGCCAAAUCACGCUGGAGUUCUCAUGGGUAUCACAAAUGGAGCUGCUAAUGUUAUGUCUAUCAUUGCUCCCCUUGUUGUGGGCUUCGUUGUCCAAGACUCGACUGAUCCAUAUCAGUGGAGGCUCGUCUUCUUCAUCUCUGCAGCCAUUUACUUAAUCGGCAACACACUCUUUGUCAUCUUUGGCCGAACAGAGGUUCAAUCGUGGAACAAUCCCGAACCGAAGAUUGUCUCAACCGUCUCAACCAAAGAGAAGGAGAUCGAGGAAGGAAGAUGCCCAAAGUGAUUUUGCAUUUAAACUUUACUUCUUUUUUUUUCCUUUUACAUAUAUAAAUUAUUUUCCUUGUCAAAUUUUUCCUGCUGCCUAGUGUUUUAAGGAUUUAUAUUGUAAUUUUUUUUUAGGAUAUUACAUAAUAAUUUGUUGUUAACAAUCCUACCAAUUUGCUAAGUGAAAAUGAAAAGAAAUUAAGUAAAAAUACGUUCCACUAAAAAUUAAAAA